AUGCAAAGGCAACGACGUACACCGCCAUGGCGACCCUCCGUGAUUUUGGAUGAGUGGGUGCAGAGAGAAUCUCGUCCCAUCAGCUUGAGGCAAUUGACAUUCUUCGGACGUACGCUCACCGAGUCGCGGUUGCUCAGCUCGGCCAACUAUGUUCGCCUGGAGCUGCCCACACGUCUUGCCCACCGACUGCGGAAUAUGCAGACAUUGCCUUAUGCUGCCUUGACCAACGAGCAUAUCGCUCAUGUAUACGAGCUAUACUACCGAGCUUUCGAACUCUUUCGAAAGGUUCCUGCCAUUCACAAUAUGGACGACAAUGACCGCUUGUGCGAGGUCUUGAGGACGGCCUUGACGGAUCAUUUGACGGUGAUCCCACGCCUGGCCAUGGGCAUAUUGGAGAUCCAGGACUCGGUGUCUGGCGACGAGUGCGACCGCUUCAUGACGACUUUGCUACGCUCUCGGAUCAGUCGUAGAGUGAUUGCCGAGCAGCACCUAGCAUUGACCGAGACCUUCCACUCUCCUUGGCACUUUGACGGCAAGAAGUCGUCGGUGGCACCCGAAGACGAAUUCGUGGGCGAGAUCUUCCUUAAGUGCAAUGCGCGCGAGAUCGUGGAGAAGUGCGCCAAGAGGGCUCGAGAGCUCACCGCGAAGGCUUAUGGACCAAAGGUCACGAUUCCCAAGAUUAUACUACAAGGACAUCUGGACACGACAUUCCCGUAUAUUCCUUCUCAUCUCGAGUAUAUCCUUGGGGAGUUGCUGCGCAACAGCAUACAAGCGGUAGUCGAGCAGACUGGCUCAAGUAACCCACCGCCUAUCGAGGUGCUUAUCUGCGAGGCGGCGCAGCAAGUCAUCUUCCGCAUAUCUGAUCAAGGCGGCGGUAUCGAUCGAGAGAUCCUACCAUACCUUUGGAGUUUCGCUAAAGGACCUCGCCGUAAUAAGCGACUGAAGAAUCUGGGACAGGUACCUCGACUAGCAGCCACGAUGGAAGAAUUACAGCUGCCUCCCUCUGUUCCAGAUCAGACUGAGAACGAGCAGUCAGGGGAGAGGUUCGGGUCUUCAUUAGCAAGUUUAUCAAGUCGACCGCCAGACUUGCGUCUCGGCAUUGGACUACCCAUGAGCAGGAUCUAUGCCGAAUACUGGGCCGGUAGUCUCGAGCUACAUAGCCUUGAAGGCUAUGGCUGUGAUGCGUUCCUGCAGGUCAGCAGGCUAGGCAAUAAGAAUGAGGUGCUAAGCACAAGAGCCGCGAUGGAUGGCGUGUGA